CCAGACGGAACGGGUGGUUGCUGGCUUAGCAGAGCAGGCAGGAUGGCCGGGCCGCGGCACGGUUUGUGCCGAUGUUUGCUGCUGGGCGUCGUGCUAGUAAUGCUCCCAGGUUACAGCUGGGUGCCAGGGAUCAGGACAAGAUCUAGCCCUCGCAAGCUUGUCGCAAGACUAGCAUACAAACCCAUUUUGCGGCGAGACCCCACUGUCAAUCAGAACAUGCAAAAAUGGAUGGGUCAGCAGCUCCGCUUGGUGAAACGCCAGGAGGCAGGUGGCUUCUCCAACCCCACAGAGAGGAAACAGUUGUAUUUGAAGAAACUUGGCUUGGAAAACAAGGCAGAUGAGAUUGAGCAGAAGAAGCAGCGCCCGCCGUGGCACCUGCCACACAUUGUGGCAGGCGACAAGUUUAUCGGCAACAUUCAGCACCCAGGCCUUUUCCGAGGCGAACAGCUGGACUUAAAGUUCACAGCUACAUCCGACAGUGAGGCGCAGAUUUUUUCCAAGCGUGGCGACAUCGACGACAUAGUCACAUUCAACCAAGACUACCCGAUCGCAUAUGAAUCAGGUGAGCAAAAGGAUCAAGAUAUGACGGCUUAUGCAUUCCACAAGUUCAACGAGCAGUGGCGCGAUUUUAAGCAGCCAAUGCCGAAAGAGGAGGAUUGUCAACACAUGUCUCUGCCCAUGUUGCAGCAGUUCUUCAAGCAGGUGGCCACUGUCGAAGGAUUUCCAUCCGAGGGCGAGUUUGCAGAGAAUUGCGCAGAUGCAAGCAAAGGCAUGACACGGGAGGAAUUCCUGAAGUAUCUGCGUGCAGAGUCACCCGACUACCUAGAGAAAGGCUUCAAAGGCAUUUUCACUGGACGGCGCAUCCAGUUCACCGAUGGCAAGUUGGCAUUUGAUGGUGAUUUUCAAACCAUCGGAGACAACUUGAUCUAUGGCUUUGUCACGCUAGGCGGCGAGCCUGGUGGAACGUUUUCAUUGGAGCUGGUGAAGAAGAAAAAGGAGGACUGA